AUGACUACUGAAAUAGCAACACCACUGAUUGCAUUUGGAUGUGCAUUAAUUGUAUUUCUAUUUUUCAUCUUCUGUUUAGUGUCCCAUCACAUCCUUUGUGGCCAUCGUAAACAACCUCAAACUUUUCCACAAUUGCCUCCAGUCUAUACAAAUUUUUAUCCAGCUAGUCCUCAUAGUAUGCAUAUAAAAGAAGAACCAUUACAAUGUAUGCAAGAAGAGACUCAAUUAAAAAUGGAUGAGCAGUCGACAAGUAAAACGGAUAUUGGUAAUUUACUCAAGUUCCGUUUACAAGCCGCUGAAAAUGAUGAUGAUGACAAUGAAAAUAAUUAUAAAAAUAAUGAAUCACCUUUAGAAUAUGCAUAUGAAGGAUCUGAUGAAGAACCAUUUCAACACGUAGAUUUAUGUUCUGAAACAAAUUCGAAUAAAAAUGAAUCACAAUUGUCACCUGUAAAUAAUCCACCAGGUUUUGAAUAGAUACUGACUAUUGUCAAUGAAGAUGUAACAUUCAAAUCGUAUCCAUGAUAGAUUAUCGAAUUUUUAUUAUUAUUUCGAUUAAAGAAAUUUUUUCUUUUCUACAUUGAUUUAAUAUUUUUUACAUUAUUCUUUCAUCAUUUUCAUUGUGAAUAUAUAAACUAUAUUAAAAUGGUAAUUUUAAUAACAAAAUAAAGUACAAAUUCAUU